CCGGGAGAGUUCCCGCGAGGUUUGGGGGCCGGUGGGCGGGGCCGGGAUGCCACGUCAGGCCUGAGCCGGAGCUAACGGAUCCCGGAGGAAGGGGAACAAGGAGAAUGGCUGCACGCCGGUGGCCGCAGGGGACCAGGCUCUGGGAUGCAGGCGUUGUCGUGACGGUCUGCGUGAUGUUAGCGUGGUCCGUCUCUUCGCACGAAGGCUUCCACGGCCACGCGCAUUCUCACGGGGACGUGCACCACGGCCACGAGGAUAUCUGGCACGGCCAUUCGCACGAGGACCCGCAUCACGGACACCACCACUCGCACGAGGAUUUUCACCAUGGGCACGAGGACCCCAGUCGCGGACACAGCCACUCCCACGGGCAUGCUCAUGAGGACUUUCACCACUGGCACGAGGACCCCCAUCAUGGGCAUGCCCACUCUCAUGGUGACUUCCAGGGGCACGCUCACCAUGGCCACGCGCACGAUUUUCACCACGGGCACGAGGACCCCGGUCACGGACACAGCCAUUUGGAUGGGCAUGGUCAUGGAGAUGCUCACCAUGGGCAUGCCCACGAGGAUCUCCAUCAUGGACACAGCCAUGCCCACUUCCAUGAGGGUUCCCACCAGGAAGCUCACAGCCACUCGCACGGGGCCAGCGGUCCCAGCCAGGCUGAAUCCUUCCACGGCCAUGCGAAGUCGCCUCUGAGGAGAGAGAGGCUGGAGCCGGUACAGCUGUGGUCCUACGCUGUCGGGGCCACCCUCCUCAUCAGCGCCGCCCCCUACUUCAUCCUCUUCCUCAUCCCGGUGGAGUCCAACUCUGCCCAGCACCAGGCCCUCCUCAAGCUGCUGCUGAGCUUCGCCUCGGGGGGGCUCUUGGGGGACGCCUUCCUCCACCUCAUUCCUCACGCCCUGGAGCCUCAUUCCCACCACGGAGAAGGAGGGGGGCACUCCCACGCUGAGGCGAAGCCCCCGGGCCACGGACAUUCUCACCAAGAUCCUGCGCACCAACACAUGAUGUCGGUUGGACUCUGGGUCCUCGGGGGCAUCGUGGCCUUCCUGGUGGUGGAGAAGUUCGUCAGGCACGUCAAAGGCGGCCACGCCCACAUCCACAGUCACAGCCACGCUGCCAAGGCGAAGUGCAGCGAUGACGAGGGAGAGAAAGAGCCCCCCCGGGGAGGGGGCGAGACAUCUGCCUCCUCUAAGAGGAAGGCCCCCGAGCAGAAGAAGCCCCUGGAGUCUAACAUGCGGGUCGCCGGGUACUUGAACUUGGCCGCCGACUUUGCCCACAACUUCACAGACGGGCUGGCGCUGGGGGCCUCGUUCCUGGCGGGCAGCACCGUGGGGGCCGUCACCACCCUGACCGUUCUCCUGCACGAGGUGCCCCACGAGGUGGGCGACUUUGCCAUCCUGGUGCAGUCCGGCUGCAGCAAGAGGAAGGCCAUGAAGCUGCAGCUGGUGACGGCGCUGGGGGCUCUGGCGGGCACCGUCUGCUCCCUGUUGGCCGAAGGGGUGGGGGAGAUGGCCACGGCUUGGAUCCUGCCCUUCACAGCUGGGGGCUUCAUCUACGUGGCCACCGUCUCGGUGAUCCCGGAGCUGCUGCAGGAAUCGGGGCCCGUCCAGUCGCUGCUGGAGGUUUUGGGGCUGGUGGCCGGCGUAGCCAUGAUGGUGUUCAUCGCUCAGUACGAGUAGCUGGGACCGCUGCAGAGGGGAGGCAUCCACCGCUGGAGAGAAGAGACGGAGAGCGCACUCCUUCUCAGGACGGGGCCCGGACGAUGCGGCUCCCCUCUUCCUCCCGGCUCCGCCUUCGUUUUAGCCUGCUGUGGGGCAGAGAGUAACAUCCCUCCCAUCCCCAUCAGUCACGCUCCCUUUUCCUCUUUCCCCUCCAGUUGCUUUGCUGACCCUGCUGUGCACCUUCCCCCCCUGCAGGGGGUGCUGUAGAAGUGGUGAGAGUAGAAGGCCAGUCUAGUCCUCCAAGGAGUUGAUUCUUCUGCCCCAGGGGGAUGCAGCAAUCGUGGGGAGAUGGAGGUGCCUUUUUCUGUGGGGCAGGGAAGGAAUAUGGGGGGAAGGGACGGAGAGGAGAGGAGGGGAGGGAAAUCCCCUGCCGCAGAAUUUGUGAGCCUUUUGAGGCUUUGGGUCUGUGUUGGGGGGCAUCGUUUAUGGGGGGGAGUGUUUUUUCAGCCUCUCAGCGAUUAAGAAGCUCUCUAUGGUUUGAGGAGAGGGGAGAAGAAUCUACAAGGGACCAAAAUGAGAGAAGAAAUAAACUGGGAAGUGGGGGGGGGGGGAGGGAGAGACUUGGAAAUCAUGUUUCCAGACUUUGCGAGCGGUUACUCGAUUUUGGGGAGGGGGUCUGCAUAGACUUAGUUGCUGGUGUUGAUCUGUUGGCAGAGGGGGGGUUAGAAUCUUUGACGGAGACCCCACCUAGUUUCUCAGCUCCACUGUGUCCGAUGGUCGGUGUCGGUGGGGGGCAUCUCUCCCCGCCUGCCAGAAAAGAGGCGCCAGAAAUGAUGGUUUUGCAGAAGGGGGGCGGCUGCAUGUGUCUCCUCGUCCUCCUGCUAUAAAAUGUCAUUCCGUGUGACACCCCCCCCCCGCCCCGCCCAACGGAGCAGGCCUUCCUCACUGAACGGGGCGGCAGGAAGGGGAUUGUGUGUUUCUGUAUACGCUUCUUUUUUAUAUCUUGGCAUUUUGCAUUUUUGUAGGGCCGUUGGUGGGGUAUGAUUUUGGGGGGCAGUGAUCGUAGCUGGGGUGGGGGGGAGGCACCGAGGAAGAAAGGCGAUGGUGUCUGUCAUUAAAAAUGGAGAUUUUCCCCCGGC